AUGUUGAGACAAGUGACACCGGAGAAAGUUAUCCACAUUGUUUGGCUUAGUGCUGCUUUAUCUUUCUGUUGGCCGCUUCCUAUUAGUAGCAGCAGAACUCGAGUCCUUGGUUUCAGAAUUCUACAAAUAAGUGCAAUUAUUAGUGCUUGCAUGUUACUACUGCCUAUGUUAUAUUCGAUUUAUUUGCACCCUGACGACCUGGUCGUUGUUUUCAAAUGUAUGUGCAUGUCAACAGCUUUGUGUCAACUUAUCGUUCAGACUACUAUGUGUUGGAUUAAGCAAGACUCUCUACAACGUACAGUUAGAGAAAUGAUGACUUAUGUUAAAGAAACGCAACAGUAUGAAAAGGAAAUUUUCUAUAAAUAUAUCACAAGAUGCGACAUGUUGUGCAUAUGUACCAUAGUAUGUAUGUACGCGACUGCGACUGGUUUUUCAUUGGGACCUGCAAUCUUGCCAAUUUCUUUUCCAGCCGAUGCGGAAUAUCCGUUUCGCGUUAAUUAUACGCCAAUGAAUAUUAUUAUAUAUGCGCAUCAAUCUAUUCUUAGCUACCAAUGCGCUGCACACAGUUGCGUGAGCAUAUUUGGAGCGCUAUUGCUUUGGUUCACAGCCGCAAGAUUCGAAUGUUUGACUGUGGAAUUAGAAAAAAGUACAAGUAUCAAUACGCUAAUUGUUUGCAUUAAAAAGCAAUUAUCUUUAAGGAGGUACGCAGAGGAAGUGCUAAAUAAUUUCCGUAUUAUGGUACUUUUUUCAAUAAUAAUAAGUACACUUGUCUUGACUUUUGGUGGAAUUAUAUUAAUUGUGAAUUCACCACUACUUCUAAAACUGCAGUUCGUAAUCGUAUCUCUCACUGUACUUACGGAAGUUUUCAUGUACGCAUGGCCUGCUGACCACUUAAGAGAAAUGAGCGCAAAUGUUUCACGAAGUGCAUACAACUUGAUAUGGUAUAAACAGACGUUAGAAAUACAAAAAAAUUUACUGAACGUAUUAGUAUUUCAAGAACCCGUAACUUUGUCUGUCAGUUGCGUGUUACCAGAGCUCUCUCUCCGUUAUUAUUGUUCGUAUCUAUCCAAUGCCAUGUCCAUCUUCACCGCUUUGCGUGCCGCGAUAGGAGAUAAUUCUACAUAAGCGUAUCCAGAGUAUUAAUUUUAUCAUAUAAUGAAGUUUUCGUUACGAUCAUGAUUAGCAUCACGAUUACGAAGUAAGUUCCGCAAUUAGUAAAAUGUCGACGCUAUAAUAUCGGUGAAAACUAAUUGUAAUACUUAUAUCAAACUGUGAACUUGUUGCGUAAUGCACAAAUAGACGAAUAAACAGGAAUCACUGUUAAAAAAUGUGACUCUGUAUAUUGUAACAGUUACAUUACUUAUAAUUAGUUGCAUGAUUGAUGACUAGUUAAAAUUCUUGUUCCAUUAUUCGUAAUAUUAUGAUUAAUACAAAGUGUUUGUCGUAACAAUCGGAUACUUCACAUCUGUUAUAGCUGAGCGUAUAUGUUGAAGGUUGAUAUACCAUUUAGUGUGAAGCUUAGGGGAUUACCCUAGGCUGUAAGAGUAGAGGUAGCAGCUGAUAGGGCCGUUUACAUUAUAUGAUAUUGUUACGAUACUCCUGCACCAAAUAUAUAUUACAUUUCUUUGAAAUAGUACAUUGUCGAUGAAUAAAAAUAGUGCAGCUUCCAACAUUGACGUAGUCCAUCGUGCCUCCGGAGGAUGUAUUUGGGGUGACAGUACAUACUGCACUGAUGUUGUGCAGAUUGUGUUUAUCAAAUUAUGUGUAUUCAAAUUAUAAUUUGAAUUUGUAUUACCGCUUUGUGGUAGUACCUUCUUCUUGGAUUAUAAGAUUGUGCUAGAAGAUUGAUUUCUGUAUCAAACGCUUUAAGCUUAUUCGUAAAGUUUUGUAGAAAUAAAAUCUAUUUACUUUACGGUUCUUACAAGCUAUUAUUAAAGAAAAUGCAUUUU